AUGGACGAACCUCGGCGAAGUGCACCUAUGGGCAGUUUGGAGACUGCGUUGGCCCAGCCCAAGCAGCCAUCGGGGCAGUGUCUGCUGAGACUCAACCAUGACCUGAAGAACAUCAUUGACAACCCUGUGCCAGGAAUCCUCGUCAAGCCCGAAAAAGGCAACGUCACCUACGUCCACGCCGUCAUCGUGGGACCCGACAAGGAGCCGUGCCAGGGAGCCUGUCCACCGCAGGUACGCUUCAUGACGACUGACGGCGGAAGGGUGCGCUUCAACCGGAAACUGUUCAACAGUGGGCUCGUCUCGCUCAGCAUUCUGGGCACGUUUCACGGCCCCUCGUGGAUCCCGGAGAUGACCAUCCAGACAGUGUUGGUUUCGAUCCAGUCAUUAUGCAUCGAGCACCCUUUGGCCAACGACAUGAACUAG